AUUUAUUCGUUGAGUAUUUAGUUAGGUAGUAAGCUGGUUAACGGUGCUAGCAGCAGUGAGUAUUGUUUGUGUUUUUGUCACAGUAAACUUAAAAGCGUAAUAGCAAAAUGACUUCAUCUUCCGCCAAGGUGGGUGAAAUCUUCUCGGCUGCAGGUUCUGCCUUCACUAAACUGGGUGAACUGACGAUGCAGCUGCAUCCUGUAGCAGAUUCCUCUCCUGCAGGGGCCAAAUGGACAGACACUGAAAUUGAGAUGCUGCGUUCAGCCGUGAGCCGCUUCGGAAAUGAUUUGAACAAUAUAAGUUCAGUCAUUAAGGAGCGCACAGUUUCCCAAAUCAAGACCACAGUAAAGAGGAAGCUUUAUGAUGAUAGCGGAGUUCCUCUUGCAUCCGAGUCACCACAAAAAUCUGUGAAGAAACCUGGCCUGGCUCCAACCUCUCAAGCUGUUAUGAAAACAGGGCUGCAUAGACCUUCCACAUUACAACCCACAAUAAAAAAGUCAAAGACUGCAGACGUGACGCUCAGUGCACUGAAUGACUCUGAUGUCAAUAGUGACUUGGUGGAUAUGGAAGGACUUGGAGAGGGAUCUAACAAAAAGCCAAACUUUGAUCAGGAGUGCCUCAGUUUGGAUUCCAGCCUUAUAAUGAACUCCAGUGACCUGCCUCUGCUCUCCCGGUGAUGACACAUUGUACAUGAACUAUUUAAAAGACUCUGUGUUUAUGUUGACUGAAACAGAAGUGUACCGCAGAAAACUUUGAUCUGGAUUUCUGUACCUGGAAAUAAUCACUCACUGAUGUUACUUAAUUCAACACAUACAUACAUAAUUACUUGAUUCAUGAUUCAUAAGCUGGAGUUAAAUAAAGUUGGGGGUCAAUUUUCCAA